AGUUUUUAAGCUCGUCGACAGUUUUGAGAAUUGAAAUUUAUUGCCAGUGUGCCUUAGUCGUGCUAACAAGACAGUCGUCGCAAAUGAUGAAGAUUUCCACAAUAAUUCUACUAAUUUUUCUCCUUCGAACGCUUUCAAAAGUUGUUGAGUCAUCGGAGAUUUUAAUAAUUUCACAGCAGCCUUACUUAAGUCAUCAACAAGUGGCAGCUCGAUUAGCUGACGAUCUAGCAACACAUGGACAUAAUAUCACAAUUUUCACGUCGAAUCAUUUUGGAAAUUAUCAUGAAAAUAUCAAAGAAUUCAACUUUAAAACUCAAACUCUGCAGAAAGUUGAGAGAAAUAUCCACAAAAAUUGGCUGCAAAUUUACAAUGACUUGACUGAUUUACAUUAUGGACUUACCAUCAAGCAACUGAGACACCCAGAAAUUAAAAAAAUCAUGAAAAAUGAGACAAAAUUUGAUGUUUUAAUCAUCGAUUGUGUGAUUUGUCAAUUAUUAGCCAUAGCUGAGGUUCAAGACAUUCCAGUUAUUUAUCUAAGUCAAACUGAGCCUCUAAACUUCGUGAACGACCAUUUUGGAAACGUAGUCAAUCCAUCAAUCCACCCAGAAACACAUGCACUUGGCUACAGACAUGCAAAAUUGACACUUUAUCAAAGAUUUAAUUCAUUUUUUUGUUAUCACUUCUGGAAGUUUAUUGGAGGCUUUCAUCAUUGUGUGAUCAUUAGGAGGUCAUUAACCAGAGAAUAUCCUAACCUGAAUGUCACCUGCAAUCAACUUCUUGAGCGAUUAAACUUCUUGUUCAUUUUUACUCAUCCAGCAUUUGGUAAUGUCCGUCCAUUGGUACCUAAAACUAUUCAAGUUGGAUUUACUUACGUUGAUCCUGUAGUGGAUGUUAAGGAUGAAGGUUUGAGGGAGUUUAUGGACAAUUCCAAGGAUGGUGUGAUUGUUUUUAAUGUUGAUGGGCUGCAUGCUGAUGAGUUGAAUGUUUUUAUGAAUGUAUUUGGAGAAUUGAAGCAGUCUGUGGUCUUUAAUGUUCAAAAUUCACCAAAUUCACCAAACUCACCAAACUCACCAAAUUCACCAAAUCCACCAAACCAAAAAAUCUUCUCAACUAAAAAUGCCAAACUUUCUGAGAUCAUCGGACAUCCAAAUGUAAAACUUGUCGUAUCAACAGCUGACUACCGUGAGAUUGAGGUUAUGUUAAAGAAUCACAUGCCAAUGGUCCUAGUUCCACUAACUCAUGAGCAGAAUGUAAUUUCUCAUUUGAUGGUUGAGAGAAAAGUCGCAAAAUUUAUCGACAUAUUAAAAAUAAAUGAGACAGCUCUGUUGGAAUCAAUACAGCAGGUCAUCACUAAUCACAGCACAUUCAAAGAAAAUGCCAGAAAAUUAGAAGCAUUUGCAACAGAUCGACCCAGAUUAAGGGACAUGGCUGUGUGGCAUGUUGAGUUUGUUAUUAGACAUAAAGGUGCAAAGCAUUUGGAUUAUUCAGGCAGAUUGGUUCCAUAUUAUCAGAAAAUGUUUUUUGAUAUUUAUUUAUUCUUUGGAUUUUUGAUUUUUGGAAUUAUUAAAGGGAUUAAGCUUUAUAGGAUGUUGAAGUUGAAGAUUUGUGGGAAAUUAGGUUCAGGGGUGUCAAAGGAAGGUGCUAAGAGCAAGAAUGAAUAGGGAAAAAAUAUGUUUUUGUAAAAAAUGUGUUGAAAUUAAAUAAAAAUUUCUUGAGGGGAUAACAACAUGAUGGGGUAAAGUUUAAAUUGUAAAUUCUCAUAAGUUUUCCAAUGCAACCAUUAUUUUGAUAAUGAAUGAUUAU